UCUUCUUUUCUUUAUCGUUCAACUCUCCAAAAAUGCUGCUUUAUAUCUUGACGAUGCUCCUUCCCCUCCAAGUCCUGGCUGCCUCGUUUCUUGUCCAAGAUCCUCAAUUACCACUCAAUGAGGAUGUCAAGGUUCCUGUUCACCUUGGAGUCAUGAGCCGUUGCCCGGAUGCUUUGUUAUGCGAAAAUAUCUUUGAUAAGGUUUUGACGCGUGUUGGAGACAAAAUCGAUCUUUCACUGGUAUAUGUUGGCCAAAUGGAUCCUUCAGAGCCCGACUUUGGGGUACAAUGCAAGCACGGUCCUCUUGAAUGCACCGGGAAUGUCCAACAGCUUUGUGUUGCUAAAUACGCUACAUUCGAUCAGUGGUGGGAGUUUGUACAGUGCCAGAAUUAUCAGGGCAAGGACAAGAUCGGCAGACCAGAAAUUGCCUUCAAGUGUGCUCGCUCUGCACUUUUGGACUGGGAUGGGCCAAUUUCUCAGUGUGUUGGUGAGGGAGCUUCUGGUAAAGGGGAAGAGGGUGUCGGCUUGCUCCACGAAAGUGUGAAACUGGGCAAGUCCAUGGGCAUUGAGAAAAGUUGCACGAUCCUCAUAAAUGGACGAGAAGUCUGUAUCCGCGAUGGAACUUGGAGAGAUUGUGAGGAGGGUCAUACUGCGAACGAUUUCAUCCGGCAAAUCAACAAUGAGUACGAGAGAAUUAACAGCGGUAAUGGUCGUGCUUGAGUUUUGUGACGCUAGGUGUGGCGCGGCCUGGACCGAGACUGGACUUUCCAUUUUAUUUUACUUUUCUUUCAUGAAUCAAUUCACGAAUUUUGUAUCGCCGCGACUGAGACGAAGCAUUACGUAAUU